AUGGAAGAUUAUGAAGUUAGUGGUGAUCUUUCUGAUGAGGCAUUUGUCCAUUAUGCUUUAUUAUCAGAAUGUGAUCCAUUAACUUUUGAAGAAGCUGUCAAAGAUAUAAAAUGGAAGCAGGCCAUGGAUGAAAAGAUUAAGUCAAUUGAGAAAAAAAAUACUUGGGAUCUAUCAGAACUUCCUAGAGGGCAAAAAUCCAUUGGUGUUAAAUGGGUUUACAAGACAAAGGUGAACAAAAAUGGCCAAGUAGACAAAUACAAGGCUCGUCUUGUUGCAAAGAGGUAUAAGCAACAAAUUGGCAUUGACUACAAUGAAGUUUUCGCUCUGGUUGCAAGACAUGAUACGAUUCGACUGGUGUUAGCAUUGGCAACACAAAGCAAUUGGAAAAUUCUUCAAAUGGACGUGAAAUAA